AUGAGUGAUAUAGAGUUGAUUAAUCCUGAUCAAUAUCAACAAGUGAGGAGUAAUAGAUAUCAACAGACACCCAUACUACACACCCUACAACAACAACAGCAACAGCAACAAUCAUCUUCAACGUCACCAAAGCAACCACACCAACAGCAACAACAGUAUAGUAUAAAUACUAGCAGUUUUCCUUAUAGACGAUCACCUUUACAUCCAACAUCAAAAUUAUAUUCACAACCACAACAAUCUUUCAAUUCAGAGUGGGUAGAGGAUCAAUCAUAUAACAAUUCACCGUCCAAACUAUCAACAUUAUUAGAACUUGAACUUGAACUUGAACGUGAACGCAGUAACAACAUCAACAAUAUGUCAGGUACAGUAGGAUCAAUUGAUCCAUCGAAAUUUGAAACCCCAUCUAAAGCAUCCAACAACAACCACAACAACAACGCACUUAAUUUCCACUACAUUAAUACCCCAGUUUCUCAUCACAAAUUAGAUAUCAAUAAUACCACCACUAAUAAGGACAACUACCAUUACAAUGACAAUGACAAUAACGAUGAAUAUAUUGAAAAGGCAUCGACCACAUCUUCUUCAACCACCAUAACAACCAGAUUACCAAAAGUUAGUAAUUGGGAUAUUUUUUGGUCAAUGCUUAAUGAUCUUGUUGGUAAAGACAAAAUGGCCAAAGUUGGUCAAUAUACUUUACGAUUAUUAGUUUAUCAUGCUGGGAAAUCACAAACUUAUUUAUCUGAUAAUAAUAUAAAUAUCAAAGUCAUUAAUGAACGGUAUAAUGAUACUACAAAAAAAUUGAAUUUAUUGAAGAAUUUUUUCAAUCAUCCAGCUGAUUUCAUUAAAAUCAUUGUUAUUUUGAUUCUUUCAAUUUUUAAACAAAAAGCUGCCGGGAUGAUUAAUGGAUUAUCAAUGUAUAGACAAUUUCUUCGAUUUGGUAAAACUACAUUCAGAAUUAGAGAUUUAAUUGUUAAAUUUCAUCAUAAUGUUUUCAAUAAUUCUUCCGAUAAUCAAGUUCAAAUUAAUAAAUCAAAAAUAUUUGAUCGUAAAACUUUGGGACAAUUUUUAUCUUUAUAUUAUGGAAUUAAUGAUGAAUCAAUAUUACUUUAUAAAUUAAAUGUUUUAUCUAAUCCUGAUUAUAAAAAAUUUGUUAGUAAACAUGAAAGUAUAGCUUGGCAUUGUGAAACUUGGUUAGCUUUAUAUAAUGCUUAUGAAAAUUUACAAAAUUUAUUACAACAAGAAAUGGAUUUAAAAAUUCAAAUUCAAGUUAAAAAUAAAGCUAAACAAUUGUCAAAACAAAUUUUAUUAGGUGGGAACGCCAAAGGUAAUGAUAGUGGUGGUUUACUUGGGUUUAAUAUUUCAACUAUUCCAACGGUGAAUAGUGAAGAUGCUAAAAAUUUGACACAAAUUCAAUUCAAGAAAAAUAAUGCUUGGAUAGAUAUUUAUAAGAAUUUAUCAGAUUUGGCAUUUAAUACUUAUACAGUGUUUAAUAUUGCCUUACCUUUUGAUACUUGGCAAAUAUGGAUGGGUAUUAGUGCUUCAGUAUUGAGUACUAUUAAAUUAUAUAGAGAAACAAAGCAAAAAAUGAUUGAAAAAGAAUUGACAAAAUUGAAAUCAGAUUGA